AUGUCACCACUCGGUGUGUUCGCACGCGACGACUGCACCAACGCCGGUGGAGGCAACUCGUGCGAAAAGCCAUACGUUAACAGUCCCAUCACCGGAAUCGUACUUGGUAGCAUGAGUGGUGUCCUCCUCGUCUGUCUCGGCAUCACACUCUGGAUAUUCCAUCGCCGCAGAACCCGCCGCGACAACGAAGAAUGGACUAAGGAUCCGCAAGAGUUGGACGACUACGGUGUCGGAACGACGACAACCACGAUCAGGGCUGGCAACGUCAAGCCACCGCCCCAGGCACACCACCACGAGCGACCGAACAAGAGCACCGACGAGGGAGGCCUGGGGGUACCAAACAACAGAUUAUCGGUGGAUUCGACACAGUCGCUGGCAAGACAGCUACGGCAACAAGAACACAGAGAUAAUGACUUUCUCACCAAGACGGCUCAACAGCCCCGGUCAUUGGUCUAG